GUUAUUUUUCUUUAAUUAGACACUCAACGUUUCGCUUUACAAAUUACAGUUUCUUCAGGAUCAUUCCACUAACUUUGACUAAGUAAAAGUGAAUAAAACCGUAACCUGAAGAAGCUGUAAAGCGAAACGUUGUGUCCAAUUAAAGAAAAAUAAAUUUGGUGUUGUAAGGUCGUUUACUAGUGCUAGUAUUAAAAUGCCUUUAUACAUUAAUAUGAAAUUCAGAAAUUAAAUAAUGUAACUGUUUAGUGUUACUAAUACUAGUGUUAGGUUCUAGCCUAGGUAUUAAUUAAUAUUCCGAUCUGAGCAAGCCAACUAAUUAGAGCAAAACUAAAUAUCAACCUCGUAAUGAGUAUCAUAAAUUAAAUAUAUUGUUCUUACACAUAAAGAUUAGAAUGCCUUGCAUAUUCUAGAUUGAGCUGUCCUGCUUUCUAACUAAGUUCAAUUCUAAUAUUAAUGUUGUGUUAGCACAGUUUCCCUCUUUUAGAAUACAAGACCGAAAGUAUCUAUUCUUCUUCUAGAUUAUACUUGUAAACGACUGGAGAGAGCGGUGUAUCACUGGUGCAAGUGCAUAUGGGAAGCUACUGUGCAUGGAAGUUGAGUUGCCAUCCUAUUGGUGAAGGGCUUUUGUCUCAUGAUGAUGUUAUUAUGCAACCAGUGCAGUUCACGUUAAAACAAUGAAUUUAAGUGGGAGUUAUCUUAAGGCUAGUGGCAUGCAAGCUUCAUCGGCAAAUGCAUGAGGAAUAUAGCUAUUCAGCGUGCGGAGCAUCCUCGUUUUUUUCAAGAACAUUCUACCUCAAAGAAAAGAUUAUCUGUUCUAGUUAUAACACCAAGGACUACAGAAUCUCAGUAUGUCUAAAGGAUAUUCAGAUGUAUUACAGUUCUCAUCUUUCCAACAAGGAGAAAAUUUUGGGUGUGAACAGGAUGAAUUCAAUAGACUUUCACAAGUUGUUGGUACAAAUAUCCAAAAGAUUACUCAAAAUGUCAGUUCAGUUCAGAAGAUGGUAAAUCAGCUAGGAACUACACUAGAUUCAGAAAGUUUGCAUUCUCAGCUACAUCAGAUACAGAACUACACAAAUCAGUUGGCAAAAGACACACAUCAGCAUUUAAGAAAGUUGAUUUCAUUGGACAAGUCAUCUAGCCAGCAUGAUCAGCGACAGAAUACAUUUUUGAAGGAAAAGCUUACUAAUAACUUCACAGAGGCAUUAAAGAACUUUCAAGCUGUUCAAAGGCUUGCAGCCCAAAAAGAGAAAGCAAGUGUGAUGCGUGCAAGAUUAUAUUCAGGACUUCAAGGGGACCCAAAUGCUGAUGAAUCACCAGACAUAGGAACAGCUUUGAUUGAUCUUGCCAGCCCCACACACUCCCAAACAGCUCUGCAAAUAGAAGAUGAAGUAGACCUUGAACUACUUAGAGAAAGGGAACAAUCCAUUAAGAAACUAGAAUCUGAUAUUGUAGAUGUCAACCAAAUAUUUAAAGACCUGGCAUCAAUGGUUUAUGAACAGGGUGAAAUUAUUGAUAGCAUUGAGGCAAAUGUGGAAAGUUCUGCCAUACAUGUUGAACAGGGAACACAACAGCUAGUUAAAGCACGACAUCAUCAGGCUAAAGUCCGUCGAAAAAAAUGCUUUCUGGUGGUCUUUGGCAUAAUUGUCCUGGUAGUUGUGAUGGUGAUCAUUGUCAUUGCCACCAAAUCUGAUGGCAGCAGCUUGCUAUCUUGUUCUUAUUUUGGUCCUGGUAGCUGUCACAGUGGGAUUAUUCAUAUAUCUGACUAGACAGUGAUGACAUUUUCUUAACUGGAUCUUGAACCUUUUUUUUUUUGUAAAAACAGACUAAUAUAAAAAUUUUAAAACAUCUUAAUCACAUAGACUUUGUUAUACGUUCAUUUAGUUGUAAUACCUUUGUUAUUUCUUUUUCGUGUUAUAGCUUUUUGAUAUAUUCAUCUAAAGUCUGUGUUAGCUUACUAGUUAUGUUGAAGAUAAUAUUAAUUGAAAUAUCAGAUUUGUUAUGCUUUCAUUGUAAGAAAGUUACCAAAUUAACAUUUUGCUCUCAUAGUGUUGCCCUUCUUUUAAGCAGAAUAUCUAAUUGAAACAUUAAGCUUAUGAGGAAUUGAAUCAAAUCAUAAUGAUGUUUUUUUAUGAAUGCUCAUAUAAUAAGUGAAAAUUAUGAAUAUGAAGGAUCCAUUUGGAAGGUUUUAAAAUUCACCUGAAUACACAGUUCACAUUAAAAAAAAAGAUGUUCAGAAUGAAAGAAUAAAUAAACAAUUUGUCAAAAAUUGUAACCAGCCUAAUGAAAAAAUAAUAAUUGUUGCUACUUGUUUACUUCUAUUAUGAUAUAUACAUACAUAUUUUGUUUUUAGUAGAUAAAUGUCAUUAGUCUAUUGUAGGAAAAAAAAUUAUCAGUUAAAACUAAAAAUGUUUUAAUUUCUUAUAUGUGUGAUAAAUCAUAAAAAUUUCAAUGUAUAAGAAAUGGAGCAUUUAAUUACAUAUAUUUUCUUUUUUUUCUGAGAUUUUUAUCUUCAUUUGCUGCUCAUUAGAAUAAAAUUAUACACAGUGAAAUUAUCAUUGUGAAGUACAUAGCAGGGAAGAGGAAAUAAAGUAUGCACCCUAUGUACUACUUGGAAGGUUUAGCAUUAUAAAGUCCUCGGAUGAAGUAAUUGUCUGUUUUUAUGCUUUAUUGUAAAAUUCAUUAUUGUUCUAGAUAUUUCAAGAAUUGUUAAAGAACAUACUGUUUUAAUCUAGAAAAAUAACAUUUUAGGUAUGAUACCUUCCAGGUUAUAACAUCUUAUUUAAGUAUGAGAUGUCCAUGAAAAAAAACUGAAAUGUUAUUAUUAUUUUAUUGUAUAUCUUUCAUUGUCUUUAUAUUUAGUAACCUUUAUCUCUUGUACAAUUCUCUAAAAUAAGAUUUUGUGGGAAAUGAUAGUAGCAAAAUUGUUAGGCUUAGCAUUAGUGAUUAAAGGUCAUGUUUGACUGCAGGUUUUUUGUUUUCAUAUUCCUUUUGAUUAGUAUUUUGCUGACUAGUUAAGAUGAAUGUCUAAAAAAAUACUGCAGCCAAACAUAAUUUUUUUAUCAUUUUGUUUUUACAUUUUAACUAUAAUUAUAAGUAUUUCAAAAUAAAAAAAAACAUAAAACUCUUAAUAAAAGAAUUACAGCUAAUUAACUAGGAAUCAUAGAAGUAAGUGAAA